AUGGGUCGUUCGCGUGUCCGCUCGUUUCUAUUCAGUUUUGGGGGUUCAAAGAAUAAUGCUUCUGGGAAAGAGAGCAAAAAAUUGUCGAGCAACGUUACGCCGGUGGCCAACGUGGCCAACGUAACUCCGUCCGAUACACCACCCCAGUGGCAGACCCCUCCCGAUACACCAUCCCCUCCUCCCGAAGCAUCCCCUGUGAGCUCAGGACCAAGAGGCGGAAAUGCGUCGCGACCGGCAUCCAUGAUCUUCUCACGGAACCCGCCUCUCAUGCAUCAGACGGGCGAUACCCCACCGGAGCUGUCGCCAAUCUUUUCGUUCCUCAAUAUCCACACGAAUAAGCUAUAUCAUGAAGGAUACUUUUUAAAAUUGAAUGAUCUGGAUUCUCAUGGACGGCCUUCUGGUGAUCGACAAUGGGUGGAAUGCUACGCACAGCUGGUCGGAACUGUUCUUUCACUAUGGGAUGGCGCUGCGCUGGACGCAGCAGGUGGAGAAGAAGUUCCGGCUACCUUUAUCAAUUUGGCCGAUGCGUCUCUCAAGAUGAUUGAGACUCUUCCGAUUCAAAAUGGAGCUAUAGAACCAUUGAAGAACGUACUCAGCCUUUCUUCCGCUGGCCAAAAUCGAUACCUCUUGCAUUUCAAUUCUUUCAACUCAUUGACCCAAUGGACUGCGGCGAUUCGUCUCUCCAUGUUCGAGCACACAUCCUUGUACGAAGCUUACACCGGUUCUUUGAUUGCAGCGAAAGGUAGAACACUCAACGGAAUCAACUCCAUCUUGGCACCCACCAAAUUCAAGUACGAGGAUUGGGCGCGUGUACGAUUUGGAGCAGGAACCCCGUGGAGGAGGUGCUGGUUUGUGAUCUGCCCGCCAGAUGAAAAAGAGCUCCACAAAGCACGGAAAAUCAUGAAAAAAUCGGCAUAUGACCGCUUGUCAAUGCCAGUUACCGGCAACAUCAAGUUCUACGAGACGAAGAAAACUAAAAAGGUGACUCCCAUUGCAACGGUUACUCAGGUUUACUCGGCAUAUGCGGUUUAUCCACAAUCUACGGCUAUAAUUGAUGCAUCGACCCUGGUGAAGUUGGAAGGACGGAUUACCACACAUUCGCCUGAUUCUUCUUCGGAGGGACUUGUUUUUAUCAUGCCUGAGCCACAUCCUGCGGUUUCUGGAUUUGAGAUGAUGCUGCGCUUCCUUUUCCCGACGUUCGACACUUUCAAUCUCUAUGGCCGUCCUACUCGCCUGGUGGCAGACACUAAUCACAUCAAGAGCAUCAUGUUUGCCUUCCCUAAGGAGCGACGAUACGGCUAUCUUGAUGUGCUGGACAUUGCCAACCUUCUUCAAACCCCGGGAAGCCAAGAAUGGAGCGAAGCUCAGUGGAGAAAACAGCUCAAAGAGGCAACACAGCGUCGAAUUUCGUCUGGCAGGAGCAGAACCAAUAGUGUCAACAGCGUGAGACCUCGCUAUCGCUCGAUGCCUGGCCGACACAGUGAUGUCCCUGUGGACUCCACUCGCCGCCAGUAUGCUGGUCUCGACCACAAGCCUGGGUUCAACCACUCCACCGAGGCUAUCAUUCAUGAAGUCCCUCAAAACGAGGACUUACCCACUGUGUAUGGCCGCCCGGUUUCUGAUAACACAGGCUUCAAUACUGGCUCUCGGCUAGGCCAUGAAUCUUUAAUCGAGAGCUCACCUCACUCUUCUGCUCAAGAUCUGAUGCACCGUGGUGUUCCAGCGUUCGAUCCUAUCGCUGAGAGCACCAGUUCCGGAAGCGAACCAAAUAUCGACCACCUCCGAGGCCCGCCAGUCGAAGAACAGCUCCCCCCACGAACCCCACCGGCUCCUGUUGAAAACCCACCCCCAUUUUCCCAUGGACCCAGAGAGAUGCCCACUAACCGGCCAGAGGCUUCUUCGGAGCAGAGGUUGGCAAACAACCGGAUGUCUCACGCAACACUUUCCCAACUCACAUCGGUCGGAACUAUGGGAAUGAGCGCGGCAGCCGCCACUGCUGCAUGGAAAACCCACCAGCCCCAGGAUAGGGCCUCCAACGGUGUCUAUAAGCCUGGACCAAUUGUGUCCGCAAACUCUGUUGCAACUUCAUCGAGUGAUGAGGAUAUCAGUCUUGCACUUCCGGUUCGACCUCCCUCAGUUCCUGAGCAUCGCCCGAUCACACCUAGUACUGGCAGCCCACAUCGGCCUUCUCCCCAGCAGUACUCUCCUCAACGGAUGCACAUUGAUGCCAACAAAUCUGUGCGACGCAAGCCACUCCCUCAGCAACAGAUUUUCGGGCCAGAGCCAGAGUCACCAGACGAACCGAGUUAUGAUGAUCUUCGCCAUACCCUUGAUGAAGAUGCGCUGAAUAAAAUUGCGCCUCAUCUUCCAUCCCCAGCGUCAUCUGUUGGAAAUAGAAACGGAAACGAGGACGACAGCAUUUACGAUGAUGCAUCGACAGUCUCGCCUGACUAUGCUAGCACACACGGUUCUGUCUACAGCAAGAAAUCCGUCGCAUCCACCAAACCUAGAAUGGGUGUCAUGAAAACUGUGGGAGUCCCAGCAGUCAAAGAUUAUGUCAUUGGCGAUGCUCAUUAUACUAUGGAUAAGCCCCCGACCUCGAAUCCGGAUAUUCCCAGUGUUGACUUCGGCCCAACUAUGACAUAUAUGCCUACUACUGGGCGCCCAACCACAUCAGAUACCCUGAAAAGAACAAUGCAUCAACGUAAUGAUUCGUCGGGGACCAAAAUUGCGGUUCCGACUCAAGCAAUCGAUCAGGCUAAUGCGCGGCCUUCCAGUCGCGAAGAAUAUCGACGCAGCAUGCUGUGGCAGCCUGGAAUGGCUUCUCGCCCUGUCACUCCAGGUGGAGGUCUAACCCCGGAGCAGUACGUGCAGCAACGGGCGGCACCCAGUCCUCCGGUGCAGGUCCACAAUCGCACCCCUUCUAAUCCCAUGUCAGUACAACGCCCGGUAUCUGGCGACUGGACACAUAAUGUCCGUUCCAAUUCGCCCAUGAGCCCUCAGCGGGAUCCAAACUAUCGACCUUCGUCUCGUGGUGCCCAGGGUAUCCUCAAUUACAACGAUGCUUCAAUCAAUCUUUCCGCUCGUGAACAGGAGCACGUUGCCCGCAUGACUGGCUCUUCAUUCUUCAAUAUGUCAAAUGACAACCGAAAACCACAGGCGCCAGUAAGCCCCAUGGGCCUUGUCUCGCACAUCGAUGCUCGGGAGCGCGAGAAGCGUGAAAUAAGGGAGGGAAUGUCGAACCAGGCGGUUCAACAGGCCAUUGCCCACCGUCAGCAACACAUGAUGCAGCAGCAGCAGUACGCGCCUCAGCAGUUCGCGCCGCCGUUCUCGCCGCCGUUCUCACCUCAACAGAUGCAGACCCAACAGGCUGGCUCUGUGUAUCCAUCUCAACAUGGUCGCCACGAGUCCAUGUACAACAUUCCGGUUGCCAGCCACACAUGGGAUGCUCUAAACCAGACGAUCCGCCCCGACGAACCCCGUCGAUCGUCCUGGUACGGACAGCUGGCUCCUCAAACACCGCCUAGCUAUCAACAAGACCAGUAUGGUCAAGAACCGAGGUACUACAGCCAUGCUCAGUAG